AUGUCGAAAGCGGGCAAGAACGAUGGCAGGGUUUAUCGCGAAAAAACCUGCCCCCUGUUGCUAAGAGUUUUUUGUGGAAACUUUGGACAUAACAGCAUUUCUGAUUACUAUCGGGGAUCGACCCCUGUUAACGAGCUUCAGGUCUAUACAUGGUAAUUUCUGACUUUUAUGUCACUCCUGAAAUAGGCUAGACGCCACCUUAAGGGAACUGGCAUCGCUAGUAAAGCAGGUGAACGUGGAGGCCAGAAGACGAGGAACAGUAUUUGACUUUGCAAUUGUUUCACCUGAUCUGCGUUCCCCUGCUUACCGCAUGCGUGACAUAGGCAGCGUCCGCUCUGGCUUCGUCUCGGACGCAGACAAAAUAAUGUUAAAAGUGAGUAUCGGAUGUGGACUCUUCGUUUUCCUCCUAGAGUGCUUUUGUCUCCAUUUCCUUCGUGGCUGUUGACACUACGCGUCUGUGUAUUCUUGAUUUGCUUUUGCCUUUAUCCCUUAUACCAAUUAGGACUCGAAUCCUCAAAAUCCACAUGAAUUUUGAGGACUUCCCUCGCAACUCGCGGACAGAACAAAAGCGGUCGAAUGGGUUGUUUUGGUUGUCGAACUUCCUAUGUUAUUCUUUGGAAAUUAUACCAGACUUGGGGUUAAUCUCGUCGGGGCAGUAGAAUUAGGAGAACGCUAUUGAGAAUAACGGACAUAUUCCGGCGGGGUUAGACGCACAUGUCUCUCCUUACCAUUUCACGGGAAGCGUCAAAAGAAGCAACUGUAAUGCUUUUUCUUAACCUCUAACCCAAAUAGGGUUGUGUCUAUGACGUUUAUGUCUGAGUCUAUUUACACCUAAGUCGACUUCAGCUUUUUUGACAAUGCUGUUCUAAAAGGUUGACCAAUUUAGUGUAGCGAGCUUAGGGUAUGAUCACUAACAAAAAACUGCUUGAGGCAGGCUAGUUAAAAGCCGCUUAGCCUUCAGUAGUCGGUAAGACGUCCGAAAUCGACGUUAUGAGUAGCGGUUUUUCGUACGGCCACUGCCGAGAGAUCUAAUUGCCAAAUUAAACGAAACAGCUGGAAGAGCGCAGUUUGGGCCAUCAACUGGGCCGGACAUAGGUUUCGUGGCCGUUUGUGCUCUCAAACGCAUACUCUUCCCAGGAUGACAAUUACUUUUACUGAACGCUAUGUCAUCGUCGUGAGCUCUUAGCCGAUUGAGCUUGCAUUCAGGGCAGGUGACGGGCUUUUGCUCUUCCGGUCUCAAUGUAAUGUAGAGUGCGGGCUUCCAACAGCGCUAACAGGUCCAAUUUUUGAAAACCUUUAUCAGCUAAAUGACAUUGCAUGUCUUCAACUUGACCCAGUGUAUGUUUGCAUGUUCUUGAAAUCUCGCCUGCCACGGUCGACGUAUAAGACUGACUACCAUUAGCUUAAGCCCUUCAGAACUUUUUCAGACUUUCCUGUUUGGUGUUUGAGCUCCAAAAUCUAACCGAUACUUCUGUAGCGUGCUCCAAUGUGAUCCCUUGCCAGUAGAACUUAUCUAACCGUUUUCACUUCCACCUGGCAGGACUGCUCCUUCCGAAUAGGCGACAUGAUCGACGUAGCCAUUUAUCUACCAGACGGACCAGUUAGAACGGCCGCAACCGGAGCCGGUUUCCCUCUCCAACGUGGACACCGGGACUUUAAUGACCCCUUACAUGGUACAGUUGGGGGUCCAGAUGGUUUUCCUCCUACCAAUAAUCAGUUUGCCGCUAACUCCACAGCUGCAAUGGUCACUAUGAUGACGGCUGCUGCUGCAGCUCAGGCCAACAACUUUACAAACAUUCGCGACUCUGCCGGCGACCGUCGGCCACGUCGCCGGGAUCACGAUCAAAAACGGCCCUACAGCAGACAAGAGUCAUCUCGUCACGCAGCUCAGUAUUGA